GUUUCCUGUGAGCAACAAGCUGCAUUCUCUCCGACUGGAGGAGGAGGAGGGAGAGGUGAGAGAAAGACUAACAGGAUGGAGGGACCAUAGAUUGAUAAAGAAAAAUGAGGAAAGAGUGACUGUGAGUGACUGUGUCCGAGUGUGAAAAAUAGGAUGAUUGAGAAAGAGAGUGAUAGAAUGAAAGAGAACCAGAAUGAGUCAACUGUAUAAGAAAGAACUGAGAUAGAUAUUGACAAGACAAGAUUAAAGGAGAAGAGAGGGCGAGGGCGAGAGGGACAAAGUGAGUGACAGUGACACAGAAACAGGUGGGGGUUUUGAGCCAGUCUUACUUCUGUGAGAAAAAGAGAGAGAAUAUAGAAAGAGAGAGAGAAGAAACUGCUUAUCUUUCCGUUUCUCUUUUUGGACGGGGUCUGAUACAAGCGCUGGCUACAUACCUCUCCGUCCACCUCUGGAGUCGGAGGCUGAUGGGAUUGAUCCUGGAACACAGGGGGGGGGGGGGCACGCCCUUACUUCUAUCAUUUUUUCAGCCUUUUUAAAAUAAGCUCUCCUGUUGAUGUGUGAGGACUCUGCUCUUCUUGUGGAUCUCCCCCCCUUUUUUAAGGGGUGUUUCUGCUGAUUUUAAACUUUAUUCCACUCUUCCUUUUGAUGGUUCUAGAUUUAUGACUGGAGGUAUCUCUGUGAGUUCCUGAUAGGUGCACCCAUGAGUCUGUUGUCUCGGACUUAGAUGCUGGCCCACUCCUGUAAUGUGACUCCAGCAACAAUGUGGGGGGACACCUGAGGGUAGGAGCCCUCCCCUUUUGUCCCAGAAGAUGUUCUCCAGGAACCGCUUCAAUGGACAACACAGAACAGGUGUCGCCCCCAAAGUGGACACCAAGGAGAAGGUUCGCAAAAAGAGGGCCCCCAACCCCAGGGUAGCUCUUGUCAUCCGUGAGAAGAUCCACCGCCUGCUCCAAGGAUCAGGACAGGAAGUACCUGCCCCAGACCAUAACAAUGCUGGGAUCGAGGAGGAGGGGGUAGUUGAGGUGCAGGAGAAGAGAAAGGAAGGCACAUAUAUUUUUGCGAGGUGUGGGCCCAGAGAGGAAGCUUGCUCCUCGAGGGUCCCCAAUGGUAAGGCACAUCGAGGAGUGUCAGGGGCAUCCUGUGUUGGAGAGGUGGAGCUAAACAGAGAGGGCUGUGUCAGGAUCCCUUGCACUCUGCAGCACAACAGUAGCAGCUGCCAGUCUCCAAGGAAGCAGAAAUGGAUCAUCCCAGAUGGGAUCAGGACUGUCCCAGAACAGCGACGAACACCCAAACACCAGAAAUGGAUCAUCCCGGCAGGGAUUCGAACAAUUCCAGAAUGCAGAAGAGAAGCUCAACACCAUAACCGGAUUGGUCCAAACAGGAACGGUUCUGGGUUUGGCGCAGUGGCAGGAGCAGAAGGGGGUAAGGCUGAAUUCACUAGGACACGUGCAGAACCAAAAAGGCCUGUUUCUUUGGGUGACUAUGUGGAUUACAGAACUCGGCACGACACUCUGCUGGAGGAGGACGAGGAAGAAGACCAGGAGGAGGAGGAAUAUGAGGAAGAAGAGUCUAGCGCCAUCAUCGAUCACAUCCUAAAGGAGCUAAGAGGGAUCAACAAGAUCCAGGAGGAGAUCUCAGACCUGCGGAACUACCUUACGUCUGUCCGUGGCUCUGUAGAGGAGGUAUCUUCCUGUGUGGAUGCUGUGCUCCUGGAGAUAGAGGGCAUUCGCUCGGGAAACAAGGCCAGUGUCAGUCCAGGGGGUGCGGCUUGGUCUGGGGCAGCACUGGGCAGUGAUGGGUCACUCUUAACCCCUCGCCAGAGGCCUGUCAGUGCUUAUGGCAGUUUGGACAGGCAGAUGGAGCAUUCAAUUUCCAAUGUCUGCCGGCCGUCCGUCUUCAGUGAACGCCACAGCAUACACGGAAUGCCAGUUGAGUUCCACUUGCCAACGUUAGAAGAAACGUCUACCACAGUCUCGCCAGGCACAGAGUCAGUUGAGCUUGAGGGCCAGGAACAGGAGGAGGAGGAGGUUGAGACGGAGGACACAUCGGAACACAGCUCAGACAUCCCAGAACCCACCAUCAUCAGGAAGCUGAGCUUUGGCUACCUGGAGCAGCAGGACGGCCAGGACUUCCCCAGCAUCAGCUCCCUGUCCUCAGGACACAGCCCCAAUUCAGAGUCUGACCUCGAGAGGCCCUUGUCCAGACAUGGUGCAGGGCAUGGUGGGGCUAGUGGUAGUAGUAGGGGUGCUGGGGUAGAGGGCUUAGGCGCUGCUGGCCCACAGCAUGGUGGGUCUGGGGAGACUAGGUGGCAUGAAGAAAGCUCUUACUCCAGACAGGUGAGUCUGGAAGUGCAAGAGGGAGAGGGGCCUGCCUGCUUGGAGGGGACAGGGAGCCGGUACAGGGGCUCAGGGGGGUACAGUACCGGUACUCUGGGCCUGUCCUCCACAGGAAGCUCGGACCGCCUCUCCCUUCAGUCUGGACUACUCUACAACCCCCCCAGCACCUCCAGCCAUGAAGAGUGGCGCGCCCAUAGACGGAGGCCAAAACCACAGCCUGGUACUCAAUUUCCGACCGAUGCCCACACAGAGAGCCACCGCCUGGGGUACGAGUGUGCUGCUGAUUACUCAUAUCACCAGAGCUCUGGUUACCACUCAGUGGAAGGACAUACUGAUGAGGUGGAAGGGUACAGCCACGCAGAUACCCCCACAGAUCUCAGCUACACAACUGACUCCAAAGUUGAUAGUUUGCAGGAGACUUAUUCUGGCUAUGAGUGUGGCAUUACUGAAGAGUCUACAGAUGGAACUUAUACCUGGACUGAGAACUCCUUACUGAGCCACAGCAUUGCGGCUGAAACAGACAUUCCAUCGGUCAGGGGAGAUAAAACAGGCAUUUCAUUGGUCAGAGGGAAAGAGGAUACAGUUAUUCCAGACCUGGAUGGCCGCCUCCCUCGCCCUAACAGCACAGAGAUCCAAAACAUGGGUUUUAAUGUGAAGCGGAUUGGCCAAGCUGUGCUGGACUUCAGUUCUGCCCUGCGGGAUGCGCUACGCAAGCUGGAAGAACCCGGAACUGCCCAGAGUCCUGGAGUCGAGAGCGAGGUGGAGCUACCCACAAGCCUCUUUGAUGAGCCUCAAAUGGACUUACCCCAUGCAGAUAUGUCUCAAACGUCCCAAGAGGAUGGGGUGAACCCAGGGGCCAUGGACGACACAGAGGGACAGAUCCAGACCAGUGUUCUCUCUUCUGCUCCCUCAGAGCCCUCCCCCAGUGAACCCCUGCCAGAAGAGAUCAGUGAUGUCCUCCCACAGGACCAUGAUGACCCUUGCAAAACUUUUCCCCUUCCCUACCCUGGACAAGAUGUUUACCACCCAGGCCUAGACUUUUCCUCAGCUGGUCCAGAGCCUACCUUCUCCCCACCCCAUAUAGAAUCAGAGGAAAAGGGAGCGUCUCCUUUGCCCCAGGGCCCAACAGACGCCCCCACUCUCAACACCUCGCUAUCGCAAUGCACCACUGCAGAGUCCCUUUCGCUUUCCUCCUCGGCUGAGGAGCUGGCACCGCAGGAGAAGCAGGGAGACGAACCCCCACCGCUGUCGCCUCCGCAGCCCAACACAGAAGCAGAUGUCCCAGAUACCCCUGCAGCCCCUGAGGGUGAGGCAGCGGGAGAGGCAGAACCAAAGGAGCACCCCCCGGAGAUAAGCCAGAGGGAGGUGCGGAGGCUGAAGUGCCUGAGGACCUUCCAGCAGAUCCUGCAGGAGAAGAGGGAGACGCAGCAUCAGGUCACCAGCAUGACCAUGUCCACGUUCGAGGAGGGUGACCUCAUCCCAGAUGGAAGUCAAGAUGAUCAGGGCCGAGAUGGAGACCCCAGCCUGCAUCCGUGGGCCAAGCCUGGUGGCGCCACGCCCUUUGGGAUCGACAGCAUGCCUGACCUCCGCAAGAGACGGCCUAUCCCCCUGGUCAGCGAGCUGGCAAUGUCCAUGUUGCAGGCCAGGAAGGCAGGGCUCUCUAUGGCUACAAAGACGUCCCAGAAGGACCAGGAGCUGAAGAACCAUGUGUAUAAGAAAACCCUGCAGGCUCUGAUCUACCCCAUCUCCUGCACCACGCCCCAUGCCUUCCAGGUGUGGACCGCCUCCACACCCACCUACUGCUAUGAGUGUGAGGGACUGCUUUGGGGCAUCGCACGCCAGGGCAUGAGGUGUGCUGAGUGUGGGGUCAAAGUUCACGAGAAGUGCCAGGAGCUGCUCAACGCUGACUGUCUGCAGAGGGCGGCUGAGAAGAGCUCUAAGACGGGAGCAGAGGACCGGACGCAGCACAUCAUCACAGCUAUGAAGGACAGGAUGAAGAUCAGGGAGAGGAACAAGCCGGAGAUCUUUGAGGAGAUCAGGGCUGUGUUUGGCGUCACUAAGCUGCUCCAUGCGCAGCAGAUGAAGACUAUUAAACAGAGUGUGUUAGACGGAACCUCCAAGUGGUCUGCCAAGAUCACCAUCACAGUUGUCAGUGCUCAGGGUCUCCAGGCUAAAGACAGGACUGGCUCCAGUGAUCCCUAUGUGACCAUUCAGGUGGGGAAGACUAAGAAGAGAACCAAGACCAUAUAUGGAAACCUCAACCCUGUCUGGGAGGAGAAAUUCAACUUCGAGUGCCACAACACGUCGGACCGUAUCAAACUGCGUGUUUGGGACGAGGAUGAUGACAUCAAGUCCAGGGUGAAACAGCGUCUGAAGAGGGAGUCUGAUGACUUCCUGGGUCAAAGCAUCAUCGAGGUCAGAACACUCAGCGGAGAGAUGGACGUCUGGUACAACCUGGAGAAGAGGACUGACAAGUCAGCAGUGUCUGGGGCCAUCAGGUUACAGAUCAGUGUGGAGAUUGAAGGGGAGGAGAAAGUAGCGCCGUACCACGUUCAGUACACCAGCCUGCAUGAGAACAUGUUCCAUUACUCUACUGACGUGGUGGGUCAGGGGGUGGUGAAGGUGCCUGUUGCCUAUGGAGACGAUGCGUGGAAGGUCUACUUCGAUGAGGUGCUGCAGGAUAUCGUAGAUGAAUUCGCCAUGCGCUACGGCAUCGAGUCCAUCUACCAGGCCAUGACUCACUUUGCCUGUCUGUCCUCUAAGUACAUGUUGUCUGGUAUUCCUGCUGUGAUGAGUACUCUGUUGGCCAAUAUCAACGCCUUCUACGCCCAUCCUACAGCCAUCACCAACGUCUCUGCAUGUGACCGCUUCAAUGCCUCCAACUUCGGGAAAGAUCGUUUUGUUAAACUCAUGGAUCAACUGCACAACUCUCUUCGGAUCGACCUCUCCACAUACAGAAAUAACUUCCCAGCCAGUAGUAAGCCCCGUCUGCAGGACCUGAAGUCUACAGUGGAUCUGCUGACAAGCAUAACCUUCUUCAGAAUGAAGGUGUUGGAACUACAGAGCCCCCCCAGGGCAGCCCAUGUUGUGAGAGACUGUGUGAAGGCCUGUGGAAACUCCACCUAUGAGUACAUCUUCAACAACUGUAUAGAGCUCUACAUGAGACAGUUCCAGCCUGCCGUCGAGCCUCCCAAGCCAGAGAAGAAGAAGAAGGAGAAGAAGAAGAAGAAGGAGAAGAAACAGGGAGAAGAAGGGGAGGAGGGAGAGGAGGAGGCUGAGGAAGAAGAGGAGGAGGAGGAGGAAGAAGAAGAGGAAGAGGAGGAAGUGAAGAAGGAGCCAGAGGAGACGGGGCCUACUAUCCACAACCUGGACUUCUGGCCGAAACUCAUCACUCUCAUCGUCUCCAUCAUAGAAGAAGAUAAGAACGCCUACACACCCAUCAUUAACCAGUUCCCUCAGGAGCUCAACGUGGGGAAGGUCAGUGCUGAAGUCAUGUGGACGCUGUUCGCUCAGGACAUGAAGUACGCCCUAGAAGAGCACGAGAAACAUCGUCUGUGUAAGAGUGCUGACUACAUGAAUCUUCACUUCAAGGUCAAGUGGCUUUACAACGAGUAUGUGAUCGACCUGCCUGCCUUCCAAGACACUGUACCAGAGUAUUCUGCGUGGUUUCUGCAGUUUGUCCUUCAGUGGCUGGGUGAGAACGAGGAUGUGUCCAUGGAGUUUAUGAAUGGAGCUCUAGAGAGGGACAAGAGGGAAGGGUUCCAGCAGACAUCGGAGCAUGCUCUGUUCUCCAGUUCAGUAGUGGACAUCUUCACCCAGCUCAACCAGAGCUUUGAGAUCAUCAAGAAACUAGACUGCCCUGACCCCAAGGUGCAGGCCCACUACAACAGGCGAUUCGCCAAGACCAUCACCAAGGUGCUGAUGCAGUACUGUGCUAUCCUGUCCAAGGAGUUCCCCUCCUACUGCCAGAAGGAGAAGAUACCAUGUGUGUUGAUGAAUAACAUACAACAGAUGCGGGUCUUGUUGGAGAAGAUGUUUGAGUGCAUGGGGGCUAAACAGCUGGAUUCGGAAGCUGCGGACAUCUUGAAUGACCUGCAGGUCAAACUGGCCACCGUCCUGGACAACCUGAGCGCCAUGUUCGGCAAGAGUUUCCAGGCCCGUCUCACCGUCUGCAUGCGUCAGAUGGCAGAGAUCCUGUACCAGAUCAAAGGUCAUCCCAACCGUCAGACAGCCGAGGCCGACGCUGACAACAUGCUGAGGCCUCUCAUGGAGUUCCUGGAUGGAAAUCUCAGUCUGUUUGCUGACACCUGUGAGAAGACGGUUCUGAAGAGAAUACUGAAGGAUCUGUGGAAGAUCGUCCUCAGCAGCCUGGAGAAGACCAUCAUCUUACCACCGAGCAACGACGGCUUCGGAGCUCAGAUACUGACUGCUGCAAAGGGACUGUCCAACCUGAAGGGAGGGGGCGAGGCCAAAAGCCUGACGCCCAAACAGUGUGUCAUCAUGGAUGCUGCACUGGAAACUAUCAAGCAAUACUUCCAUGCAGGGGGAAAUGGUCUGAAGAAGGCCUAUGUGGAGAAGAGUCCUGAGUUAUCUUCGCUGAAAUAUGCUCUGUCCCUCUACUCUCAGAGCACUGAUGCACUGAUCAAGAUCUUUGUAACUACACAGCACGCACAGGUUCAUAAUGGGAUGGGCAUCAGGAUUACCCCCAGUGAGAAGGUUCGGCCAGACAGAGGUUCAGGAGUGGAGAAGCCCGUUGGUGAGGCCCAGAUCCAGGUAGACAUGGUGCCUCCAGGCAAAGACAAGAUCCACAAGGUCAACAUCAGAGUGAUAGCGGUGAAUGACAUGAGGUGGCAGACAUCAGGGAUGUUCCGUCCCUUCGUGGAGGUCAAUAUGAUUGGUCCGCUCCUUGCAGCCCAGAAGAGGAAGUUCACCACCAAGUCAAAGAACAACAGCUGGACAGCCAAGUACAAUGAGACCUUCCAAUUUAUCCUGGGUAAGGAGUCUCCAGACUGCUAUGAGCUGCAGGUGACGGUGAAGGACUACUGUUUCGGCCGGGCCGACCGUGUUGUGGGCGUGGCCGUGGUCCAGCUCCGAGACGUAGCUGACAGGAAGUCGUGUGUGUGCUGGUGCCCGCUGGGCGGAACCAUCCAGAAGGACGAGACGGGCGUAACAGUGAUGCGUAUCUUGUCUCAGCGUGCGGCCGACGAGGUGGCCAAGGACUUUGUCAAACUGAAGGCCGAGACACGCCCUGUAGAGGAGGGCAGAUGAUGAGGAGGUGUGGAGAGAGGAUAGAUAGAGGAGAAAUGAGGUGGAGAGAGGAUAGGUAGAGGAGAGGUGGGUAGAGGACAGGGAGGAGAGAGGACGGUGAGAGGAGAGGUGGGGAGAGGACAGGGAGGAGAGAGGACAGGGAGAGGAGAGGUGGGGAGAGGACAGGGAGGAGAGAGGACAGGGAGAGGAAAGGUGGGGAGAGGACAGGGAGGAGAGAGGAUAGGGAGAUGAGAGGUGGGUAGAGGACAGGGAGGAAAGAGGAUAGUGGAGAGAGGAUCCGUAGAGGAGAGGUGAGGAGAGGAGAGGGGAGAAGAGAGGACAGGGAGGAGAGCGGAGAAGAGAGAGGAUAGGGAGAGGGGAGGAGAGGGGAGGAGAGAGGACAGGGAGAGGGGAGAGAGGAUAGGGGGAGGAGAGAGGAGAGGGGAGGUAGAGAGAGGAUAGGUAGAGGAGAGGGGAGGAGGAGGGAGGAUAGGUAGAUGAGAGCCUAUCACAAGAUGGAGUUGAAAGAGGAGACACGCUCCGUGGAAGAGUGGGAGAUGAACAUCAGGAUAGAAGUUAAUAAAUGUUAUGUUUCCUGGUCCUCUGGGCCAAUGAGAGGGCCUGGAGCAGGCACAUGACUGAUGAGGGACCAAUCGGAGACGUUCACUGUAUGCAUCAACGUAGUGGAGUGUGACACAACACCACAUACCUUCACCGUUGCAUUCAUAUCACACACACACACCCACAGACGCACAGACGCACACACACACACACACACACACACACACACACACACACACACACACACACACACACACACACACACACACACACACACACACA